AUGAUCAAACAAAAUGGACUGGAAUGGGUGGCCAAGACAUUUGGUCUCGAGCCGCGUUGGACAUCUGAGCCGGAUAUCGCAAAAGUCGGAUCAAUUGCUCGAAAGCACCUCAACCUCAAAGAAAAUGAUUUCUGCCAUCUUAGCUUUUAUACUGAAGGGGCUUUCAAUAAACUAUACAAGGUCGAGACUGAAGGUGAAUGCUUCUUAGUUCGUGUUACAUUGCCUGUCGACCCCUUCAACAAAACAAACAGUGAGGUGGCAAUUAUCAACUUCAUUCGCCAAACUACGGAUAUACCGGUGCCCCAGAUUCUUACGUUUGAUGAUACUAAUGAGAACGAGCUUGGGUUUGAAUGGAUACUAAUGGCUAUACUACCUGGUGGGAAUUUGCGAACGAAAUGGAGGAAAUUGUCCCAGGAUUCCAAACAGAAUUUGGUAAAGCAGAUUGUACGAUACCAAGCCCAGCUUUUCCGUCACAAGUUCUCUACUAUUGGCAAUAUAUUUGUUACUCCAGAAUCUCAACUUGUAAAAAGGAGUCUGUCUUCCAAUAUAUCAUCAGGUAGUGCCAAAGGAACACCACAAGAUUUACAACAGAUAUCACUUACUCCAAGACAAAUAGUGUCAAUGUUCUUCUUCUGGGGAGAUCAUAUAACACAAGAUGUGCCACGAGGACCAUUCACCAACAGCAAAGACUGGCUCUGUGCUCGUCUCACCUUGGCCAUUACCGAUCAAGAAAGAAUUCUCAAAACAACCGACGACGAAGACGAGAUUGAAGACGCGCAGGACGCCAAAACCCUCGCUGAGAGACUUCUUAAACUACUGCCCAGCGUUUUUCCUACCACUGACUCCAUUCCAGAGCAAUCUGUGCUCUUCCAUGACGACUUAUCUUCGCGAAAUAUCUUAAUAGAUGAUGACGGCACCAUCACCGGAAUCGUCGACUGGGAGUGCGUCUCUACACUCCCAUUAUGGAAAGCCUGCGACUCCCCAGAAUUCCUUAAAGGGAGGGAAAGAAACGAGGAGCCGAACAGAAACCAGUACGCUCCGGAUGACGAGGAAAACGUCGAUGAGUCUGCAGCAGAUGCGCUUGAUAAUGAAGGAAUUAACGAGCUCUAUUGGGAGCACCUUUUAGAGUACGAAUCGACAAUGCUCCGCGCCCUUUUUCUAGACGAAAUGCAGAAAAUUGCACCAGAAUGGAUCGAAGAGUCUACGAAAGGGGCAGUGAAAGCGGAUUUUGAAGCGGCGGUGCAGAAUUGCGAUGGUGGGUGGUCUGUGAAGCGGAUUACGGUGUGGCUUGAUGCACUUGAGAAGGGCGAGAAUUGGAGUUUGAGAAAGAAGCUUAUUGAAUAG